AUGGAAACCGAAGGCUAUCGUGACGUCCCAGAGACCAGCGAUGGUCAGGGGGUAGGCCUCCUAGAUAGACGAGCUGGGGGUGGGGUGGACGAGGACUGGAGUGCCCCCUACCCUCUGGGCUUCCAGGUGUCUUUAACAACAGUGCUAAUUCUAGAGCUGGUACUAGGCUUCAGCAGCAACCUGACCGUACUCGUACUGUACUGCGCACAGUCCAAUCUGGUGGAUUCAGUCAGUAACCUAGUCACUGUCAACCUCCAUGUUCUGGACAUACUAGUGUGUGUGCUGUGUCUGCCACUCACAGUGGCUGUCAUCUUGCUCCCGGCCAAUGGAAGCGGCGUUGGAAGUCUGGCCACAUUGUGCUGCUUUCACGAAGCCUGCGUCACAUUCACCAGUGUAGCCACAGCUGUUAACGUCCUGGUCAUCAGUUUGGACCGCUACGACAUCUCUGUGCGUCCAGCCAGUCGGCUCCUGAACCCCCGCCGUGCUGGGCUGCUCCUGGCCGCAGUCUGGGCUGUCUCUCUGGCUGUAUUCUUCCUGCCUUUUCUCGAAGGAGACUUCUUCUCUUCGAGAGCUAAAGACAGUGAGGGUGAGGAGCCAGAGGAGCCGAACAAUGACUUUGAAUCCACAAUUGGACCCACAACACUCUUUUACUCUCUUGCACCUUCUGUUUUACCCUCGACACACCCUUCCUCCUCCUCACACAACCUUUCACCAGUAUGGCAGAACAGAACACUGCUGUGCAUCGGGGGACAAGGCUACUACACAGGAAUGGCAAUGUAUUACCACUUGUUACUACAAGUGCCCUGCUUCUUUAUUGCUGUGGUUGUCAUGCUAUUCACCUACUCCCGGAUACUACAAGCCCUCAACAUUCGAAUAGGUUCCCACAUGAUGAGAAGUAACCGUGCAAAGGACUCCACCUGCAGGAUACGCUGCAGGAGGACGAAAAAGAAGGACCUCACCUUGCCAACAGAGGUAGUGUCUUCAAAUCAGAACCAGAAUCUAUCUCAUCCUCCCCUUAUUCCAUCUCCCACUCCAACACCGACAUCGCCGCCCCCACUCUCCUCCAUGCCCCAGGGGAUCUCCGACAGUGGCGCUACGGUGACAACUGUCAGUACAGCUGCCACCACCCCCAUAGCAACUACACCUGCUACCCCUGCUUCUCCGACUCCCGCUUCAGGAUCCAUGCAGACCCACGCCACGUCCCCAUUGCCAGCUUCCUCCAUGGGUGUCCAGGCCUCAGUUUCUGCAAUCAUUGCCUUGAGACGGGCCGUUCGUAGACACAGGGACCGUCGGGAGCGCCAACGCCGUGUCCUUAAAAUGUCACUUAUCAUAAUAUCCACAUUUUUGGGCUGUUGGGCUCCAUUGUCCGCUGUCAACAUUCUGAUCCUCUGUAUGGGCCCAAGUGACGGUUUAGUGCGGAUCCGUCUCUGCUUCUUGGCAAUGGCUUAUGGAACAACAAUUUUUCAUCCUCUCCUGUAUGCUUUUACAAGGCAGAAACUACGUCGAGCCCUGAAAACACGAGUCAAGAAAAGGGUCGUCUCCCUUCUGCAGGUGGACCCAGCUCCUAUUGGGGGGACAGUUAUCCAUAACUCCUGGGUAGAAGGGGGAGGCCAGAGGAAGAGUCGCAAGCCCCGAGUGGAGGCCAGCGAUGGCACUGAUCGAUGCCUCACUGAGGCAGUGAGAGAAUGA